AUGGAGAAUUAUGAUCUUCUCGCGAGUCUCAAUGUCAAAGCUUCGACGGCGCCGUCGUCGGACCGCGGGAUCGUAAUAGCGUCAGGGCCGCGGCCGGGGGGCGGCGAGAGCAAAUCGUCGAUCUCGGCGCUCGUGGCGGUCCGGCAACCGCCGGGGGGAGGUCGUCGGGCGCACCGUCAAGCGAGCCGGAACCAGCUGAUCGGCAUAUUGACGGAGAGCAGCGCGAGCAGGAGGGCGGCGUCGAGCGGAACGAGGAGAAGGGCCGUCUGCGUCGAGCCGAAGCUCCAUCGAGCCGGGAUCGUGGCUGGUAGCGUGGUUCAAGUGCAGCUCCAAGGCAGCGGGGACGCGGGCUCCUCGGUCCGGGAGAAAAGCGGCGUCGCCGAGGGGGCGAGCUCGUCGUCGGGGAAGCAGAAAAUACCGAGGCCCGCGAACGCUUUCAUGCUGUUCGCCAACGAGUGGCGAAAGAAACUGGCGGUUGAAAACCCCCGGGAGUCGAACAAGGACAUAAGCGUUAGGCUCGGAGUUUUGUGGAAAAACAUGGACAAGGACAUAAAGGAAAAGUAUUUCGCUCUCGCCCGGGAGGUCGAUGCCGAACACAAGAGGAAAUAUCCCGGUGAGAUUUGA